AUGCUGCUCCAGCAGCGGCCGUUGAGGCUGCAGGGGAGGCCUGGAUUGAUAAGAGCUGUUGCAGCCGCACCAGCUCCUGGGGGGCAGUUUUUGUCAGCAGAAACUCUAGGUUCGUCUUUCCCCGUGGAUCGCUUCACACUGCCAAGACGAGACUUGCCAGUUGCCAUCUCAGCAGCCGUAAGGCAACAGCGCCUCCCGGAUGCUCAGCGCAUGUACACCCCCGUAGAGACAGUAAAGCAGAUAAGGCAGCUGGUGCAGCAGCUCUUGAUGUGCUCCUUGCGGCUGCUACGGCAGCAGCAGAGACACCAGGACGAGCGGCAGCAGCAGCAGCAGCAGCAGCAGCAGCAGCAGCAGCAGCAGCAGCAGCAGCAGCACCAACUGCUGCAGCUGCUGCUCCAACUGCAGGCCAUGGGCCUCUGUUGUUGGGAGUUCACAGCUGCCGCAGCUGUGCUCUAUCGGCAACAGCGGGAGCUGCUGCUUGAUCCGCCAAAGCUGGCACUCCUGCUAGACUGCUUUGCUGCCACAUGUACACGCACAAGGCAAGUACAGGUCGGCGGAAGAGAUGCAGCACUUGAAGCAGCACCAGGCUCUGCUGCUGCAGCUAUCGCUGCAGUUCGUGGACUCUUUCGCAGGGUGGCUCACCAUUUGAACUGCCUUUCACGCGCUGACGCGCAUCGCCGUCGCGCACUGCGCCAGCAGCAGCAGCAGCAGCCGCCGCAACAGCAAAUCCAACAAGACGUUUGUCAACAGGAAGCACAGGAAGUGCACCAGCAGCUGCAGCAGAAGCAGGAGCAGGAGCUUCCCCACGUGCUGCUUCUCCAGGCAGGCGAUAUUGCGCUACUGUUGCGGGCUUUCACGCGUUUGGGGGUUGUCGAUCUUCGGCUAUAUACGAACCUCACCUCUACCCAUUUGACGCGCGCACUGCAGCAGCGGCACUUUCUGUGUGAUGGAACGGCCAACUGUCGACAGCUGAGUCGUCUGUUUGUUGCGUGCGUGGAUGCGCUAAGGGCAGCAGUAACAACGACAACGGGAGAAAAUCGAGCCGCAGCUGCUAAAGCAACAACAGCAGCAGCUGCUGCAACAAGGGCAGCAGCAACAAGAGCGGGUGCUUGUGGACCAGAUGCGGCAAUAGCUACUGCAGAGUUGCUGCAGCUGCGAUGUAUGUGCAGCUUGAGGGCUCUCCUUGAGAGCCUUGUUCUUCGACUGUCUCUUAGCCCUCAAGAGCUAUCAUUGCAGCAGGUGGCGCUCAUACUGCAGGACCUCCAUCACGUAGACUCGUUUGCGGCGGCAGCAGCUGCUGCACCUGCAAUGGAUAUCCGAAAGGCACACAUGGCUGCAGCUGGCACUGAGCUGCAUGUCUUACCCGACGGCUCAAUCCCUGUAUCUGCUGUUCCUUCUUGCUCCUCUUUCCCUGCGUCACCGCUAGUUUUGAAGCCCCCAGCUGAUGAAGACGAUUACAGUCUGCAAGUUCAUGCAGCAAGUGUUGCAGCAGCUGCUGCCGCGUGUUUAGGCUCGUCUGAGGCAUGGACAGGGCUAGGCCCCCCCCGCCUGGCAACUUCGGCUGGAGCUCUUGCAAAAUGCAUUGCAGCAGCGGGAAGGGUAACUGCAGUGUCGGUGACUCAUGGAAAAGUGAGCGCCAACUGGAGCACACUGCAAGCAGAAGGGGCAUUUGCUCUUCCCGCUGGAAGCUCCCAGAGGUUGCCCACUGUGGAUGCAGCAGAUGAUGACGGCUUUGCGCUGCCAAGCAUAGGGAGAAGCAUCAGCAGCGCCUCCAGCACACCCAACGACGGUGGCCAAAGCACCAUCACCACUGGCAGCGAGCAACAGCGUCCUGCUGCAUCUCCGCUGUACGCCGACGCCUCUGUAUUCAUUAGGGCAUUGGAGGGCCUCUCUGGAAGCCUGCUGAAGCAGCUGCAGCGCCACCAAAUGGGGGACUGGAGGGGUACUAACAAGCUUCCCGCAGCAGUUUUACCCAUCUACCAGAGCACUACGACUGCACCAGCCGAUCCGCACACAGCAGCCGCUGUUACAGAGGCCUUGAGAGAUCAGCUCUCUCUCCGCGAAGUCACCCUCUUAGCGGCGUCUUUGCUCAGGGCAGAGGCGGCUGCCGCGCCAUCCAGCGGAUGCCCUCAAACUCGAACGCUCUUUGAGUUGCGAAGAAGACCAGGUGAGGCUACAACUACCGAUGCAACGUUGCGAGUGCUGCCUGCAGCCUCUGCAGCAGGGGCAUCCCCCCAUUUACGCGAGGCCGUUCCCGGAAGAAUGGCUCACGCGGAGCGCUUACUGAGACUAGCAAGGGGAGCCUUUUUACGGAUAGCGCAGCAAUCCUGCAGGAGCAGUGCCCUCUGCAACGGCAGCUCGGAGGAUCUGACACGAGCAGACACGUGCGUGGCGCUCCUGACCUCAGCUUGUAACAUUGGGGCGCAAAAGAACGAGCAGCAAAAGCAGCAGCAGCAGCAGCUAGUAGAUUUGCUGGGUGCGUACUUGACCGUAAACGCUACUAAGGACUCUGCGCUGCUUAUGCGAGCUGCCACUGCUGUGCGGCGGCUUGCUACGUACGAGCAGCAGCAGCAGGCGGGCAGCCGAGGAGGCCUCGAGUUUGCAGCUGAGGAACACGAUGGCCAUGCAGCAGCGGCUGCUCCCGAGAAAGUGUACCUCAAACUGUCUGAUGCUGUGUUACACUACGGGGCCGCAGUACUGCUCCAGCUGAGAGCAAAGGCUCACGUAGCAGGAGAAUCUUUGCAGCAAGCACUUGCAGAGAAGAGCUCCUCCUGUGUCAGAUUUGGCACUCUCGAGAGACGAUUUGCUUGCAUCGGCACUCAGGGGGCUACGCGAUGGCCAGGAGACUGUGCGUCGUCUGAGAUGGCCUCAAACCCUGCGUUCUCGAUUCUAGGAAGUGGAUUGCUGCAAAGCGGGUGUACAGGCUAUCUAUUUGCGGUGCGCUUGGUUGCUAUGCAGCUGGGGGUGGCAUUUGCCUCAAGCCACGGUCAUGAAGAUGCAUUCAAGUUUCCUGCGACAACAAGCGCCGUCGUCUCGUACUCACAACGGGACAAGCUGCUGCAGCAACAGCUUCAGGGUGCUGCUGCCCGUCUGCGUGCUUCCCAGCUGUGCCUAGCUGUGUGUGCGUGCUCGUCUCUAGCACCUCCUGAGGAGGGUGAGUGGCCCCUUAGGACGUGUCGUCUGAAAUUCUUCUUUGCUGUUUUCGCUUUUGCUGUUGCUGGCGCUGUUGAGGCUGUACUCUGGCCCGCCGGGAUACGUGCAGAGGCAGGGUGUGAAGAUGCUGCUACUUAUUUUGCAGCAGCGGCUGCUUGCUUUGCAGCGAACAACUGCUUACUCAGGCUAUUUCACCUCCGAGGUCUCAGCAACAGAGCUGCAGGCUGCUCUCUCCGCGGCGCACCGGCUGGGUAUGGCACCGCACAUCGUAAGGCCUUUACAAGACUUACAGCAGUGGCUGACGCAGCAACAGGCUUACACUGUGUGAGGGAUGGUAAGCGAGGAACGGGGGAGGGGAGGGGGGCGGAAAGGGCGGUUCCUCUAUGGUGUGCUUCUUGCGACAUCGUAGAUUCCUUUGUUGCAGUAUAUUGA